GAGAGGAGCGGCGCGUCCGGUGCUGCCGCCUCCGCGCUGCGGCUCCGCUCGCCCCGGUCCCGCGGGCACCUGCCGCCGCCGCUGCCGCCACCACCAUGCAGCCCCCCGCCCUCGGGUUCCUGCUGCUCCUCGCCUGCUUCGGCGCCGCACAAGGAAACCUCUCCCGCGACGAGAGCCAGCCCACGACGUCAGAUGAGACUGUGGUGGCCGGUGGUACAGUGGUGCUCAAGUGCCAAGUGGAGGAUCCUGAUGACUCCUCGCUGCAGUGGUCCAACCCUGCCCAGCAGACCCUCUACUUUGGGGAGAAACGAGCCCUGCGAGACAACAGGAUCCAGCUGGAGAGAUCCACACCCAACGAGCUGACCAUCAGCAUCAGCGAUGUGGUGCUGUCGGACGAGGGCGAAUACACCUGCUCCAUCUUCACCAUGCCUGUGCGGACUGCAAAGGCCCUGGUCACCGUGCUGGGAAUCCCCCAAAAACCUCAAAUCUUUGGCCACGAGCAGCCUAUUGAUGAGGAGAAGACAGCCCGCCUGACUUGCCGGUCGUCUGGCAGCAAGCCUGCAGCCCAGCUCCGGUGGAAGAAGGGCAACAAAGAGCUCAAGGAUGAGGGCACCGAGGUUGUGGAGGACCCCAAUGGUAAAACCUUCACUGUGAGCAGUCGGGUAGAGUUUCGUGUCACCAAGGAGGACAACGAAGCUGAGGUGACCUGCACCGUGGACCACGAGUCCCUGCAGAACUCUGAGAGAUCAACCACGCAGAAGCUGCAGGUCCACUACAAGCCAACAGCGAAAAUUGAGCCACAUCCCCAGUACCCACGGGAAGGCGAGAAGCUCCAGCUGCAGUGUGACGGGCAGGGCAACCCCAUCCCCCAGGAGUUCCUGUGGGAGAAGGAGGGCAGCGAUGCACCGCUGCAGCUGAGCUCUGACAGCGUCCUCAUCUUCCCGUUCCUCAACAAGAGCGACAGCGGGACGUACGUCUGCACAGCCACCAGCUCCAUGGGCAGCGUCGUGGCCAAGUACAACCUGGAUGUCAGUGAUCUUUCCCAGCUCCCCACCCCACAUGUUCACUCCACUCCAGGCCCUUCCCAGCCCAUCUCUCAUGCUUCCAUGGCCACCGCUUCAUCCUUCACACCAGCUCCCAUCCAAGAUGCCAGCCCGGUGCCCUCGACCUCCAGCACGUACCACGCGGUGAUCGGCGGGGUGGUCGCUGUCAUAGUCUUCCUGCUGCUCAGUCUUCUCAUUGUGUUGGGACACUACCUGAUCAGGCACAAAGCAGGUAUGUGCAUAAGACACGGGGAGACGGUCCCAUCCAGACAUCGACCAAACCCAGCAGAGGUGAUGUGCACCUACCUGACCCACGAGGCCAAGGGCUCCGACGACGCCCCAGACGCCGACACGGCCAUCAUCAACGCAGAGGGCGGCCAGGCCAGCGGCGAUGACAAGAAGGAGUAUUUCAUCUAGGGGGCAUCGGAGAGAGUGAGAAAUGGAGCCAGCAGAUCCCAAUGGAAAUGGAAACCAGACCACAAACCCCACUCAACCCCAACAGAUUUUUCUCUCUCGUGCCUGGCACGGGCAUACAGACGGACAGAGGGAUGGCAGGACAGAGAGCAGGGAGCUACCAGCCUGAGACAUGAUGAUGCUUCUUGAACUUGUACAAAACGUUACCACUAUGAAGAGCCAGAGCCCCAGCCCUGUUUGCUUGCUUUUGCACCUCCAUCCCUGCCACCGGCGUCCACGCAAAACACAGACCAAGCAGUGAGUGAGCGACUUUCCUUCUUCCUUUGGACCUUUGCUUUGGUUUCAUGGCUGCUCUUUGCUUUGAGCCCUCGGUUGGGAUGUUGGGCUGGGGUUGAUGUAGCUCUUUCCUUUGUUUCUCUCCGUUUUUGGUUUCUUUGACAUCCAAGGAUAAAAUCAGCUCCAGACUCUGGUGCAAGCUCGAGGCGGCUGGGUUGGAUCUCUGGCACAAACGCUUGUCCCACGCCUCCCGCUGAGAGCCAGGACCCACGUUCCCAUUGUUUCCCCUCAGCCUCAGCUGCUGUGUGGUGGCCCUGGCCCCAGCUGGGUUCAGGAGCAGGGUACCAACGGGCAGCAUCUCUGCCUCCAAGGUCUUGGCACGUGGCUGGGGUCAAGCGGGGAAGGACCCCGGGCCCCUGCCCUGAUUUUAUCCUUGGUGGUUCUCGUCAAACAGUGUCCAUUCGGGAGGAGAGCUGUCCUCGUGCAGUAGAUGUGUGAAAGGGGGGGUGAGCUUCCAGGGUGGGAACUGAUGAGGCCCCCAGAGAGAUUGGGAGCUGCCGAGCUUUGCAGCUCCCUGGUCCCACCCCAGUGGGAGGGGGGAGGGCAGAGGUUUUGGGGGCAAAUCCAGAGAAAAAGCCCCAACUUUCCAAAUUCUAAGACUGGAAACAUCGAUUUAAACCAUCUAUUGAGAUGUUCAGUGCAGGAGGCUGCAGCGCUGGGAGCACCAGGCAGAACCAUGAGAAACAGCAGGCCUGCAGCCAUCACCACGGCAUUCUUUCGCUGGGCUGGCACUGGGGUCCCCCAGAGCCCCCUUGGAAAGGUGGUUUAGAUCCUGAGGGUGGCUUCAACCAGAGCUGGCACAGCUGGUGGCACCACAGGAGCUGCACUGACCUGGAGGUGACCCUGGUGCAGCACGAGGCCUGGGCUUCCUCUGGAUGAGGAAACAGGAGUCUGCUUUUUGGAGUUGUCUGUGGCCCUUCCCUCCCUGAUCCAUUCCCAGGGCAGGUGUGAGCUUGGAAAAGGCCAUUUCCCUCUUGGCUCUUAAGGGCUGUGGCUGAUGACAGCUAAGGUUAAGUGUCUCAGUAGUUUGGGGGUCUCUAAGGAGGCUUGGGGCUUGCCCUGCCUCCUUACCUCUUUCACUAUCUCUUUCAAGACAAAACCAAGAAGCUUUCCCAACCUCUACAGCAUGUCUCCAGGCUCCACCUGGUCCCCUCAGCUGCACACCUGUAGGAUGGGACUGCAGUGAGUUGCAUGUUCCAGCAUCUGCAGGACCCCACACGCUCCCUGGGAGCCAGACCCCGACUCUCAUCCUUGGGAUGAGGUUUCCCAGCUCUGCAGGAUCCCAGCAACUCUUGGUCUGGACCCAAGGGGUUUGCAGAAGCCAGCCUUUGGCUAGGCACCCCUUUGAUUUUGGGUUGUGUAGAGGAGAGCCCUUCAGGAAGGAGCAAAAGCCCUUACUUUAGAGGCAGAGGAUGAGCUUGUGUCCUCUGCUGUGGGCUACCAGGUGCCCAUGGGAUGGGUCAUGUCGUUCCCAUCCAGCCCCUGCGAGCGUGUGGCACAAGGAGGGUGCUCUCAGUGAAGCUGUCACCGUGAGCAGGGCUGGAGCCAAGCAGAGGAGGAAGGUGAGGCAGAGCUCAGUGCAAGCCACAGAGUGGGAAUGAGCAAUGCACUUGUGGCACAGGUGUGAGUGGGCUCACCAGGGCGAAGCUGUGGGUCAGGAGCGUGCAGGAGGCAGCCUUCACUGUACAUGGUGGAGAAAAGCUGUGGGUUUCUCAAUAUUAGUCCUUCCUUCCCAUCUCCUUGGAGGAGAAUGUUGGCCUGGAGUCUCAACAGUAACUCCAAGCUUAUUUUGAGGGAUGCAGCCAUUGCUGCCAGCUACCCACUGCACACUGAGCAUGUGUGAAUGUGCAACCUGAUGCUUUGCUGAAGAUCUUUCAUGUCCACUACCAAACUGACGUUAAUUCCUUCAAAUAAAAGCGCAAGGAUGUGUUUCCAAGUAUUAAUUUAAUCUCAGUGUAAGUCUACAUGCUGUAGAUGGUUACAAAGAAAGCCCCAAGCCUGGGGUCUGGGAGGGACAGGGGUUAAGUGGUGUCUAGGGAAGGGGAGGUGGAAGCUGAGGUCAGACAGGUUUGUGCCCCUUUCAGGCACUAUGGGCAAGGCCGUGGCCGCUUUCUCUGCAGCGCUGCUGCUCCAGAGCUGCUUCAAGGGCUGAUGCUGGUUGUCACCGUGUUGCCCUGGGUGAGAGAAGUCAAGAUUUGGCUUUUUUUGAGGUGCCAUGUGGUCUGGGACGUGGCAGGAUGCAGCACAGGGGCAGACAGGGCCCAGACAAGGCAUUGGGCUGGAGUCUGCUGCCUGCAGCAGCUGUCAGCAAAGGACUGGACAGCUCUUGUACCAGGCAGACACCUUGUCCUCCCAGGGCCCUGGCAUCACAGGUCCUGGGAGUGGUGGGGGCACAAACAGCAGCCUGCAUCUGCAAGAGCCAAAGGGCUGUGGUAGGUGCAUGGGGGCAGUAGCCCCCUUGCCAUAGACACGAGGGUGAUGGAGACCCCGUGUCACGGGCGAGUGGUGACAGAUGCACCAGGUCACACGUGAAGAUGUGAGAUGAGCACAAGGGAUGAUGGGGACACUGGCAAGAGGCUGUGAUGGGCAGGUCACGAUGUGGGAGGCUGCAGUGCCAGCACACACAUCAUGCUGCUGGUGGAAGGUGGGAUGGGACCCGCCACAGCACGAGGGUGGUGGAGAAAUCACUUUGUGAGUUUGGGACCCUGGUUGUGUAACAGGGGUGAGAUGGGGUGGGAGAAGCUGGUUUGGGAGCCCAAAGGGCAGGGUGGGGUACACCAUGAAUACACAGUGUGUGCAGAGGAACAAGUACACAGCCAUGAGCAGGGGCAUGAUGAGCUGCACCACACCAUUAGUGUGUUUAGGCUGGUGGGUCUGGGGCAAGUCCUGUUGUACCUCUACAGUGUGCUGCAUCAGGUCAGGGCUGUCAAGGAGGGGUAGGUGCACUGUAUCCUAAGUACCAGGGGUGAUGUGGGUCAUGUGAAGAGGUUUGAAGUGACACCUUGAUGCUACCAUGGGAGUGACACCACACACACCAUCAGCAGCCCGGAGAGGGGGUGGGUUUGUGGUGGCACUGACGUGGCAGAGGAUGGAUGUGCCACACAGAGGGAGCCCUUGUUGGUCGUGCAGACAGGGCACCUUCAGCCUCACGGCCACCCUGUGCCACCACAGUCACCCAUGCUGGGCCUGGAGCAUCCAAACCAGGACAUGGCUAGUGCUAGAGGAGCGAGGAGGGUUUGGGACCCUGUGGCCCUUGUUUGCAGCCCAGUGUGCUCACUCCUGCCCACAGGCCCUAGCAAGGCUCCAGCCACUUCCCAGCUGGCACUGAACUCUCAAUAGACAUGAAAGCCAUAUUUGUAGGGAGCUCUGGAGAUGCUGUGGGGCAGCAGCAGGGCAGGGCAGAGGACGGUCUGUGUUGUUGUGCUGUGUUCUUGUAUGUACAUAAAAGGGAGACAACAAACAUUGAUGUGACUUUAUAACCUUUCUAAUAUUCUGUGCUAAUCUUGGAAAAAUAAUCCUAUAAAUAUAUCUGGAUUACACACUU